AUGGACAAGAGGCCUGGCUUCAAUGGUGUCACAGAAUAUCACAAGGAAGGUAACCAAAGUUAACAUAGAGAGAUAUCUUGUGCACGAACACUGCCCCUAAAUUCUAUGUACUUUUAUUUUUAAUAUUAUGACGAUGUAAGCGCUCGUAUAUGUCACCCACGUGCCCCAGGAAAUUUCUGAAAAAAUGCCGCUAGAUCUCCCGACUAAUUAAACGAAACGCUUUAUGGCUGAGUUCUUCUUUAAAAGUCUGAAUAAUACUGUUCCAAAUUUGAUGGUCAGUCGUGUUUAUAGGGACAGCCGGCAUUUGUGCGUCCCUGCCCUAAACAUUUCAGCGGUGGUGACCAGUCAUUUACAGCUGCAUUUAUGACCAACAAGCACACAUUUAGAGCUUUAUUUCCUUCAGUAAUAUGCGUUAUUUAAACAGGGCCUUGUAAUAAAAACUGUUUCCUGAUUGCCGUCGAUUGUCCUUGUUUAUCCCAAUAUAUUAAAAAAGCUUUUCUUUAUCCUAUUUAGAUCAACCACGAGACACUCAAACAUCCCACCGGGGUAAAAUUACAAACUAUUUAAUAACAUACAACUUCUCAGUUUGACACAUUAUAGAUACUGAAGAUAGGAGACCUUUUGCCGGAACUGAUUUUUACGCUUGGUUGAAUCUGUUUUCUCGCUCUGGGAACGUUUUUGGCAAUUUCUUUUAAGAAAUUACCUUGAACAUUCUUAGUUUUGUUUAAACCACAGUACAGGCAAAACAGCCAUCUAAAAUAAAACACUCUUGUCGUAUACAGUUUGGUGUCGCUGCUGGAGUCACCUUUUCUAUCUAAAUCUCACCCAUCACAUGUGUAAAACUAUCUAUAAAUUUCGACCGCAAAUAUAUUUUUUGCCGAUUAAAUUUUGGCGGCAAUUUUACUUUGUGAGAAUUUUUUUGGUUUUUCAAGAUGGUAAUAAAAUAGCAGAAAUGGAACCCGGACAAGUUAAGUGCCACGCGGUAGGCACUUCUCUACCAGGGGAACUAAUUCCACAAAUAAAAAACCUACCCCUCGCGCAGUUUCGGUACCUCCUACUCGGCUGAAGAUAAGCACGAGCAUUGGAGAAACGUCAUAUGAGACCACCCGUUGUCUAACAUGUUCCCUCUGAACAAAAACCUUUUUCGUGUACUGCACGUGAUAGAAUGUCGUAAAAGUAAAAUGACAUUUUGCAGCUGCUGUGUUAGUUAGUUCUUGAAUCACAGCUUAGGCUCCGACCAUACGUAUCCUUUUGGAGAUUUUUUGCACCGGUUCAUGGCCUAACUAGACUACGAGCAGUAUCUCUUUUUUCUUGGUCCAUCGAGGAAAACGCGCGAGACACGCAAAUGACCACUCGCGUGGUUGAAGACGCGAGACGGGAGAGGCACGUUUCUCGCGUCUCUCGACGCUCGCGUGCGCGUACACUCCCCUCAGUAAAUCUGAAGUCAAUAUUAAGACUAAAAUUAAGUAAACUAUAGGUAAUAAUUGAUUACGGAUCCGCGUUCGUUACUUACGGAAACGAAAUCGAGCAGACAGGAGUCCAGUUUCCCAGGGAGGAUUUUAGACACAGUCUUAAGUUUUCUGAUAAGGGUGCGCUCUGCUUUGUGUCUGUUUUGGCUAAUCGGCAGUCGCCCGUGACAGCUCGAAAAUCUCUGCCUUUGUGCCACAGGAACACCAGAUUAGGGUGCGUUCUGACGAACGCGAUAAGAAUAUAAGAAUUUACUAGAAUAAUAUUCCGGUGUGGUUAUUUGUCUCUCAAACUUCUGAUUCUCUGGACGUAAUCCUGUGGUGUUCCCAAUCAAAUAAAAACCUCUUUGGUAGAACUUUGGUAAAAACUAAUUCGUUCUUAGGAGGGUUUAAGAGCUACGUUAUUAUAUUAUUUUUCAUUUGAUUGAUUGAUUUCGUAUAUAUACAUAUUUAGGCCCAUUUAGUGCCGAACCUGAAAAUGUCACCCACGCACCCAUAGCUAAGGGGAGCAAAGUCGCAUCAGGAAAUUUAGGAAGAACUACGCCCAAGUCCAAACAAGACGGACAGGGAUACCGUCGCAAAAGGACCGCAUUCAGCAUACGACAGCUGCAGAAACUAGAGACAGCCUUCCAGUGGAACAUGUACCCUGGCGUAAAUGUACGCGAGUCACUUGCCACAGAACUGGGAAUCAGUGAGGCAUGUGUACAGGUCAGGCGUCGUCAAUUUUUUUACUUUAAAGGGGAUAUGUCACGCUAUUUGUUACCUUUUCGAAACGAUAAAACUUUUUUUUGCAUCAGUUGAAUUCCAUAUAUAGAGGAUAUUACACGGUUGCGAGAAGAUAUGAAUUUUAUGUUCGAGUGGCAAGAACAAUAUCUCACGAGUGAGCGAAGCGAACGAGUGAGAUAUUGUUCUUGCCACGAGAGCAUAAAAUUCAUAUCUUCGAGCCAACGUGUAAUGUUCUUUUUAUUAUAUGGAGAAACCAAUUCAACGAAAGCAAAAGGCGGGAAUCGUGACGUCAAACUUGCUAUGCUGUGAGUGUUUCCACUGUAUGCCUAAAUACGCCACUCGGGUCCCGGAUGAAGUGGCGUAUGGAAUCUACGAGUGGUUUAGUUCCCAGUAAAACACUCUCCUCCAUAUAAUAAAAUAUGAUAUAUAGCAGUUCCCUUUCUUCUGUUGCAAUGAAUGGAAAGGAUGGACAUGGAUCAAAACUUGAAAAAGUUGCGCCAACCUUUUCAAGUUUUAAUGCUAUGCCUGCGAAAAUUAUCAAAAAAAAUUAAUCCGAUAAAAUCUAUAUGAUAUUUUCUUCCUAACGCUACAGGAACAUUUUUUGUAUGGGUAAAAGCACCAAGUUAUGACUUUAGCACAGAAUAGGCCAUUUGCACGAUGACGUCAUUUUACUACUACGACCAGAAUCCUUUUCGUUUUUCCUUUCAUAUUUUAAUUUGGUAAUCCCAGCGAGGUUUCUAUAACAAAAGCCCUAAUUUGCACAAGAAAGCAAAGUCCUGAAGGAUUCUGGUCGUAGUAGUAAAAUGACGUCAUCAUGUAAAUGGCAUAUUGACCUAAAACAACAAAGUAUCCUCAUGUCAUAACCUCUUUAAGGUAGUCACCUCUUGAUUGAACCUUUUUUUUAGCGCUUUACAGAGUUCAGUAUAUAUGGUAUUUUAUUCGCAUGUUCGCACGCCGUAAAGUUAAAGCCUUCUUGCAACGCUAUGAUCAGUAGUUUUAAUCUGAACUGUCUCACUGUCCUUCACCGACUUAUCUUGUAUCAUGUGGUAAAAAGAACCACAGAAAGUACCCUGCGACCCCUUUGAAUAAUCGUCAUCAAAAGAAGCACUUUUAAUUGCAAAAUUCAAGGCUUUUUCUAGAUUUUUUUUCAAAACAAUUUAAUUUUCUAGACUAAAAGUUAUCAAAUAAGCGAUCAAAACUAGAAUCCUCGUCAAACGCAGGAUUAAGGCUUUUCCCAUGAUACACUGCAAUCGUACACUAAACAAAGUGUAAUGCAGACGUAGGAGAAAUCUGAAAUUGCCCAUCAUGAGAUUGAAUGUUUUGGGUUUUAGAAAAUGAGCCUUUGAUACUCCCGCCUUUUUAUCAUUUUUCCAGACCUAUUCUUUUUUUCCAAACCUCUUUCAACUCUUGAAAACUAGUUUGCAAAUUUUGAGACGUUUCCAAGAAUUCACGAUUCCGUCAAACCCUAUAAACAUUAUCAUACAGAACGGCUCAAUAGCUUCUAUUUCGAAAAUAACACUUUAGAAUUUCAUUAACGUUAGAACCACAUUAUGAAUUCUGGGAUUUCUAGAAAAGUUUAUGGGAAUCCUGCAGUGUCCAAAGCUCUCCCUUGCCCUCUGCAGGUAUGGUUUCAGAAUCGUCGAUCCAAAUGGCGAAAGCGAGAAUGCAACUAUCCUCCUAUUCAGAACAAGAAGCAAUUGCAACUAGGAUUGGCUUCAGGAAGUUUUCACACCUACAACGCCAAUGAACGUGACUGGCCACUUUCACAGGUUCAAACCUAUUGCUCGUGUCAAUUUAAGUCGGCAGCCGGUGGAAUGCUCACGGUACCAACCAUGGCACUGAUGCCUACGAGCUCUGGGGUCAGUAAUCACCUUAUCACUUGUGCUUCUUUAUUUUCGACUCAUGUUCCGUCAGUUAGCAGAGGGCAUGAACUGGUUCGCCAGUAUAAACGUGAAGAAGAGGAUCCAACAUACGCUGAUCACAGAGAAUCCGUCGUAGAUGUCAAGCAAGCUACUUUUCAAAGGGAUCGUUCUGUAGACGAGCUUAUCGGUGCAAACGGGCUUCUGUGUAUGAGAGGGGACGUCUUGCCUUCAUUUAUGUCGAAUGACAAACCUCUUUGA